AUGGUUAAUACUCACAGCCAUGUCUAUCCCCGACCUGCUCAUCCAAGGCAAGCGUGGCAACCAGAAAGAGCCGGUCUGAUGCCGGCUCCAGGGGAUGGCCGUUACCUGGCACCAGAUUCUGUCAGGACAGUGCCUCCUGCAACAGUUGGCAGAGCGUUGCGAGAAGUCUGCCACAUCAACCACAAGAACUUCUUUCUUGCAGUUACCCUCGAGAAUGGCGAGCACGCUUUUUUUUCCGGUCCAGAGAAUGUCGAUGCGGUAGAUGCUAGCAGGAUGUUCCACAUGAACAUCUUCCUGCAGUAUCAGCAAGGAAUACCCCCACACGCAUCAAGAGAGACUGGCCCUCUUCAGGGAGAUUAUCCUGGUAAUGAUCUCUAUUAUGCGCAUGCUGUAGGCCCAUACGGUCGUCACGACAGAGGAUAUGAUCAUGACGAGUUUGAUCAUGGCGCUGCCUCCCAACGCAGGAAACGCCCACGACGGGCCAGAGCACCACGGUCGUUGGAGGAGGAGGAGGUGGCUACCGUCACUGCCGGGUCGAGGAAGACCACCAUCAUGAUUGGAGAUUCGGAUGUUGUGCGGGCCUUUUAUGAACGUCGUUUUCGGCUCUGUCACCAGAUCCUCUGCCGGUGCAUCGCCAAGGCCUUUGUGAAGCUCAUGGAGCCCAAAAAGCAGACGAACCAUCCUUAUACAAAGGGUCAAGAGGCGGCACCAAGGUGGUGGCCAAAUGACUAUGGUCCUAACAGAGUGCUUCUGAGGCACAAGGAACCGGAUCACAUCAAGAAAGAAGAGCGUGUGCACCUGCUGACCCAUAUCCUCCGCAUGCUUACUGAGCCGAAUCAUAAGCAACACGAGGACAUUCGGUCGCAACAUCUGACUGUGGCCAAGCUGGAGGAGGCUGCUAUGGAUGCUGCCGCCUCUUUCUUCAAUGCCUCGGGGGAGAACAUGAAGAAGAAACUGUGGCUCAAGGAGGCGUUUAAGGUAGCAAAGGCGGAGGAGAAGCUCAAGAGGGGUGAGAUAGACCCCACCACCCAAAUCUUCGUGACGGCGGACAACCACGAGCCCGAGGACGACGACGACGAUGGGGAUGAGGCCGAAUACGAGCGGGUCAAGCGUGAGGAGGAUACCGGUGAUGCCCCGGACCCCAUCGCCCGAACCAUGUCUGUCCAGAGCUACGGAAGCGACAUGGCGAUGCGCAAUGCUCAUCCCGGUCCCGCAAUCGUGCAUACCGAUUUGGCACCAACACAGCAAAACUAUGUGGAAGGAGUUUCCCUGACGGUUGGCGGGCCACCUCAUCUGGCCAGUCCAAUGCAAGAGGUUGACAACAGCCGCCGAGCCAUGUACGGAUCUGCUGCCGAUUUUGGAGGAUCGACCGGACCGGCGACGCUGUAUCCGACUCAGUGGCAACACAAUCCGGCGGCUCAGACGACGGCGUCGGGGAUGUAUACAUACACGCAAGCGCAACCGGCACAUACAUCGCACGGUUAUCCGACUCAUGAGCAAGCCCCGUCUUUGCAGCCCCAAUCCUAUUUGACGUCGGGAUAUGAGACGCUGCCGGGUUCUCACACUCUAUAUCGUAAUAACAGUUACCUAUCGCCGACGGGGAGAUUUCCCAGAGACGGGUCACAGUAG